AUGGUCGGCACAACUGUCGAUAAUAAUCCGCUUGAUCCCACCUCCGUUCAAAAGCGCACAUCGAUCGACGGGAACGAUGGGACUGAACAGAAGGAUUCCUCCGGGCGAAGAAUGAGUGAUUUGGAGGUUAUCAUCCAACGAAGCCAGAAUGUCGCACCCUCCUCCCAAUCUAUCUGUGCUGAGCUCGCCCACGAGCAUGCUGUUGAAGACCUUCACAAGGUCACCGAUCAUAUGUCGGAGGAGAAUAACCCAGCUAAAGGUACGACACUUCCCCCACAGGAUGCAAAUACUCAAGCUGUGAAUGAGCUAACAGAAUUGCGGAAAGGGCCUUUCUUUCCCCAGAUCUAUCCCCAGCACACCACCGAGCCAGACCUGGAAGACUAA